UUGUUUUCUCUAUUUGAUGACUUUUUUAUUUUACUUCUUCUCGCAUUCGCUGUAUAAAUUGACAGUUAUAAACAAAAUGGAGAUUUUGAAAGGAGACAAAUUCAGCAAUUCAGCCAGAGACGCCUACUGGGCACUAGCGAAUUAACUUGACAAGCCCAAAGAAAUAAAAAAGUUAUUUUAAGUAAUAAUAAAUCGAAGAUAAUAUUUACAUUACUUAAAUAUGAGAUUUAAUAAUUAAAAGGAUAUACUAAUAAAUUCACGACUUAACAAAUAUAUCUAUAGUUUAUGAUUAUAAUUGCUUUGUGGGGUGUCCAACCAAUUGAAAUGUAGUAACAUCUCUGGCAGUGCAUGUACGUUAGGUUUAUCAAAGUAGAGUGAAAACAAAAUCAAUAAAUAACGUAAAAGAAAAUAAAGUAAAAUCUUUGUUUUCAAACUGGACAUCGGGAUUCAAUGGCUCAACCUUUUCAAGGAGUGCAAUCUCCUUCCGCAAAGAGUAAUAAUGGUAACGCAACGGAGAAUGUUACGCCCGAAAGUGAAUUUGAAGGAUUCCACAACUAUACGGCUGCUGAAGUUUUUAUCCAAGGAUUGGCUGGAUUAGUCAAUCAAGGAGACGUUGAAACUAUGAUACGAGCGCAAAAGCAAAUGCUGCAGCGGUUUGAAAAAACGAAUGAAAUGAUGUUAAACUGUAACCAGUUAUCGCAAAGUCGUCUUAAAAAUGCGAAUGAUGAUUUCAAAAAACAUGUGAAACUAUUAACCGAAAUGAAAAAGGAUCUGGAUUAUGUUUUUAGGAAGGUGCGUUCCAUAAAACAAAAGCUAAGCCAACAGUAUCCUUUAGCAUACGCCGAGGCUCAGCCACAGCGAAGCAGUUUAGCAGAGGAAGCAGAAGAUGAGACCGAAGCGAUGAGUUCCAAAUCGAGUAUAGAGAAACAAAAUGUGGAAUGUUAUGCUAAUGUUGAUGACACAUCUUCGAAAACCAACAAAGAUUCUUUAAAGAAAAGUACAACUGUUGAAUAUGUGCAAAUGGAAGAAGCCGUGGAUAAUGGCAAACCCAUUGAAAACGAGUUAAUCAAACGUGUAUGCUCCAUUGAAACCACAAACCCGAAUGACUCAUCAGACUGUACAUCUGAGGACACGGGAUAGGCAAUGGUGGUAGGUAAUUUAGUACAUUAAUAUAUUUUAUUUAAGAUUAAACUAAAACAAUAUACAAGAAGUAUAAGUUCAAUAAAUACAACUUACAAUAUUA